AUGUCCGAAAAGGACGAACAGUCUGCACUGAGGAAAGGAUCGGUAUUUUUCCAAAAUGCCAAAUUGCCUAGGAGAACCAAAGCGCCAUCGAAGGCCGCCAAAAAGAGAGCCCCCAAGAAAGGACCCAAAGCUUCGUAUGCUCAGGUCUUUGAAUCCGAUAAGGAUGAUGACCUCAGCGAUGACGUAGAGGACGAUGAUAAUUCGUCUGUCGGUUUAACAGGGAUCUACUCGAUGAUGGACAGGGGCCAUUCGAAUAGCAAUUCUGAGUCAAAUUCCGACUCUGAGGAUGAGGAGGACAACUCGUCGGUGUCGUCAUCCGAUGACUCCGAGGUCGACUUUGUUCAACUUCAGGCUGAAAGGCGAGCUAAUGCUAAAUCCCACAAAUCUCUCAAAGCGAUCAAGGCAUUACAGAAACAGCAAAACGCCAAGGACAAGAAGAGGCGAAAGUCCGAUUACAGAAGACAGUCCGAGCUACCCUUACCGGACAGUAUCAACUUCAAGUUCGACUUUGACGACGCCGCUAACGAAUCUGCUAUUGAAGAUGAUAGUGAUCAGGAAGACCCACUUAAUGUCAUAAAGCCAGCACAGCCCGAAGAAGAGGAUGUUGGAGAAGAGGUCACUCAAGACCUAGGUGACAAACAAUCUUACAAUCUUAAUUUCCAAUUCGACGAACCCAUUAUUGACGUGCCCAAGAUCAAGGAUGAUGAACUCCAGUCCGAUGAUGACUACGAGUUCGAUGAUAACGAUCUUUUGGCCACCUUGCAAGCCGACAACGAUAUUGAGGAGUUUAUCACAGGUAAUCCUCAGGACAUUGACUCAUCAAGAUCGAGACAGAGACUGGUUAGCUCUGUUAAUGAGGAUGAGACCAUGGACCCUUUCUUGGAGGAAGAGGAGAAGUAUUUGGUAAACGAGUUUGAGAUGAACGGCUUCGAUGACGAGAAUGAAAUUCAAGAUGAGCCAGGUAAGUCCGACUUUGCUAAAGGCAUUGGACAGCCGACUUUCCAGGAUAAGGUGACUGAGUACGACAAUGCUGGAGACAACUCCAAGUCUGAUACCCUCGACGGUUAUAUUGAGGAUGAUGAAGACGAGGAUGAAGUUGACUUCAUGGAUCUCAUGGAAUUCGACGCCCCUCUUUUUGAGACGGAUAGCAAGGAGUCUGAAAGCAGUCUUCUGGAUUUGAAGAAUGAUGCCGACACAUUGGACGGCCCUGUGAGUAAGUCAGUGAGUCCUGAAAAACGCAAGAAAUCCAGUCACAAGAAACGGAAGAAGCCUAGAGGUCCGCUUGACAGUGAAGAAGAAGACGAUUCUUACUUGUGGAAUUACUUCUUGAGCUCUGACAGCGAGGCCGAUGCUGACGUCAACGCUGAACCCGUGGAUGUUGAGGAGCAGCUCAUUCUCGAAGAGAUCUUGCGCCAGGAGAAAGAAACCCGUGAGGCAACCUACGACCGUGAGUUUAGCCUUGAGCCAUUGUCAGAUCAGGAAUACGACAGUGGUGAGUCUACGGAUGUCGACACGUCGCUUCCCAAAUCUGGCAAGAACCAGAAUGGAAGCAAGAUGGCCAAGGAAGUGUUGUCGUCCAAGACUGCGGACUACAGACCUCCAGUCCUUGGAACUUGGGUGGCUAUCGAAAGCAAACCUUUUGGCAUCAUUGAUGGUCUCUCUACGAGAACAUUGAAGAGCGGCCAGAAUACACAGAAGAACCCAAGGACGAAAGGCUGGAAGUCCAUCAGUCUUGGAAAUAAUGAGCAUGAGGACUCUGCUAUUGAACUCGAAGAGUUGCUCAAUAUCAGCGAGUUGGACAAUGAUGACGAAAACGACAUCCGUAUCUGGAGAGAUUUCAACAACAGCAAGAAGAAGGUGCCUCUUGGAGCCUUCCGUAACAAGUCGCAUUUGCACCAGCCUCACACUGUCCAUGAGCCUAUUGUCAAUUUUCGCAUAAAGAACGACUUUGGCACUGGCCGCCGUAAGAAAGAAAGGAGAGCCAGCCAAAGUAACGACACGGGACACGAUCUGCCAGACAGCAGUGUUUCAAAAGCGAAAAGGAGACGGGCAUCGGCAAUGGAAGCAGCGUCAGAGGGGUACCGUCACACUAAAUCUGGAUUAUUUAGUGCGAACGUGCUCACAGAUGCCGAAGAGGUUAUGGGAGAGGACAGAGAUUUCAUGGCAUUAAUCAAGGGUUUAUAG